AUGUCUCAAAUUUCUCGGACGAUACCUCCAGAGAUCCUCUACGAAACCUGCGGCGUCGUUGUGGCCGAGUAUCUGGACCGGCUCCUUCUGGGCGACUUAAAGUGCUCACCGCCGACGCGGACUUUCGAGCUAUUUGAUCUUGACGACAACAACGACAUUGUGGCUCUCGAGCGCAUAUGCAAGGAUGUUACGCCGCCGGUGCACAAUCCCACCGUCGCGCUCAUGCAGUCGUCGGUCAAAAUCCGGCACGCCGUGUUGAUAGCGCUCUCCGAUGCAUUGGGGAUUGAGGUCGAACAUAAAUCGAGCCGCAUAGGCCGGCUCAAAGAAAUGCCAUGGACACAUAUUCAUCCCGUGCGGCUGCGCCUUUGGCGCGCACGCCAUACGCCGCUCGAGAACUACACUCCCGCAUUCAGCGACCACAAAGUGCAAUCACCGUCCUGCCUGCUUCGCGUGUAUGAGUGCUUUGCGUCAUACAUCGAGUUAUCGCGGUUCUACUGGCGGCGCGUGCUGCUUCCCAUGGAAAUUUCGACGUGGAACAGCGUCCUCGCCCGGCUCGGAUCGGACACGCCCGCGGACGCCGUCGUGACAGCUCUCGCCCGCCCCUGCACCGCAGACGCGCAGCGGGCGCUGGCGCAGCUCAAGGCGAUUGACGAGGGCCCGCGGCUUGAGGGCACUCCUUGA